AUGUGGAAUGACAUACUCCAAUCGCUCAACGAGCGAGACAUUCUUGAAAAGAAGGACUCCGAGUAUUAUGCUGCAUUUGCACAGCUAGCCCAGCAGCUCCAGGCGGUAGGGCUUGAGUCCACCUCGCCUUCGCCGUCUCCCUCGCUCACCACAUCAGGUGAAUACAACCGAGAACCUGAUCUAGCCAAAGAAAACCACCAGCUCAAGGCAGAGAUCACCAAGCUCAUUGAGGGAAUUAACGAGAAGACUAUCGCUGCCGAGAAAGCAGAGCUCAGGGCCAGUCAAGCGGCAAAAGCUAAGACCAGCUUGGAAAAGCAGAUCGACAAGCUUAAUACCAAAAUCGAGACUUUGACAGCGCAGCUCAAGGAGAAGGAUCGGUCUAUCGAGAUCAUCAACGACGAGGCGCUCUUGAACCAAAUCCAGUCAAACGUGCUCAAAGACGAAAUCGAGAAGGUGAGGCAUGAAAAUGAGAGCUUGAUCAAGAGAUGGAUGGCAAAGGUACGAGAGGACGCCGAACGUUUGAACGAAGAGAACGCAAAGGCGGGAUAG